UUUGACCAAUCAAAUCAUCUCACAAUUUGCUGAUACUGCUAAAACGUAUCGAAAACGUUUCGCUUGUUUAUAUAUCACGCGACAACCGCACUACUUUUACAUUCGUUGAAAAAGAACAGACUUGGGACGUAGGACUGUUAAAACAGACUUUAAAAUUAUCAGCUGAUGGACAGCCAAGUUAUCCGAUGUGACGUCGAUUUUGGGAUGACCGUAGAUCCUGUGUUUGCUAGCAAGGCCUCGCCCAGUCACGAGUCGGACAGCGGUUGUUCAGACAUGAGUGAGGUUAGUUCAAAAGUUGGCAGCUUUGCCGGGAAAAACAGUAAGGCAGCACCAGCAGUGAAAGUGGUAAAGGUUGUCAAGACUGCAGCCCAGUCCAAACAAGAGAUUGACAAUGAACUUCUUCAAGCUCUUGAUGACAGAAACAAGAAGAAUGCCGUUCAAGCAAAGUUAAAUCGUGAGAAAAAGAAGGUCUAUAUUAAAGGUUUAGAGGAUGAGAUUGAAGAAUUGAAGUGUGAAAAUUUCACUCUCAAAGAGAGAAAUCAGACUGUAACAAAUGAAAAAAAUGAACUACAGGAAGAAGUUGAGUAUUUGAGAAGUGUUUUAGCGAAUCAAAGUGCAUUAUCUGGUCUAUUGAAGAAUAUUGGAAAUGUUGAAAAUGUGAAGCUGACCUCUUCACUUCGUCGUAAGAGAGGAGCUGAUCUUGACCAUGAUUAUCAUAAUUCAGCUAAAGUCGCUAAGAAGUCAGGGAAGAAAACAGCGGGGAUUUGCUUACAUGUCGACCAAGGAAGUGUUUCACUGGAAUUCUGUUCUAAAUGUGCCUCAAUGGCUAAAUCAGAUGAUGCAGAGUGGCGGUGGCUAACCCGAAUGUGGGCUGUCUUUCAUAUUCAACCUUGAGAGGGGUUAUUGCACAUUUCCUGACCCCAUGAGAGCGUGCUGCUAGUGCGCCAAUUAAUAUAAAUUCGAAAUCCGGUAUCGAGAUUGGGGAGAGAAAAGUUGUACAUGGCAAGUUAAAAGUCCAAGAAUUAAGGAAAGGAAAAAGGGUGGUAUUGGUAGUAAUGAUACUCAUUGUAUAUAUGAAAGAAAUUGUGUAAUUUAUGUUCUCAUUUACAUUUUUAACAUGUUCACAUAUUUGAAAAUGUUCACUUUUAAUGACCAACAUAAUUUUUUAUUUCUUUUGUGUACAGAAUUUGUUAUUUUUAUAUUAUGUAUAUGAUUAUGAAAUAAGUGCUAGAAUUUAAUAAUACGUACAGUCAUGUUUUGUAAAAAAAUUGAUAAAGUUUGCAAUUUUCAAUUAUGUUCCUGCAAUGUAGUAUAUUUGAUUGUGAUUAUUUAUGUAUUAUUUUGUCAGCCGUAAAAUGUUGAUUUGCACUACUUUGAAAAUAUUAAAUGUGUUGAAAAUGUUAAUAAA